AUGGCCUUCAACGCCAAUCUUCUCCUCGUCACGGCAUUCCUGUGUCUUCUGAGCGUCCACCAUGGACGCGCCUGCUUCCCGGCCAUCUUCAGCUUCGGCGACUCGCUGCAGGACACCGGAAACUUCAUCAACACCUUUGCCAACACCACCAUCAGCAAGCAUCCAUGGGGCAUCACCUACUUUCAUAAGGCGACGGGCCGCUACAGCGAUGGCCGUCUGAUCAUCGACUUCAUCGCACAAGCGCUUGGGCUGCCGCUGGUGCCGCCGUAUCGUGGAGGAGGAACUUUCUCACGUGGAGCCAACUUCGCCUUCGGAGGGGCCACGGCGCAGGACCGGAAAGCCUUGGCCGGUCUUGGACUUAAUGUUACUAGCUUUAUGGACAGGUCCUUGUUCGUCCAGAUUGGCUGGUUCAAGGAUCUGCUUAAAUCCGUGCCAUCCCUUGCGGAUCGCACGUUCUUGGGCAACUCGCUGUUCAUGAUGGGAGAGAUCGGAGGCAAUGACUUCAACGCGGCGUUGUCCCAGAACAAGCCGAUAGAGAACAUAAAAAAUGCAUUUGUUCCCGGUGUGGUCCGAACGAUCAGCUCCGGUAUCACUACUUUAAUCGAGCUCGGCGCCAAGAACUUCAUCGUUCCCGGAAACCUACCGAUUGGCUGCAUUCCGGCGUGGCUGUCAAAGUAUAAGAGAUCAGAUCCUGGUUACUACGAUGCAAACGGAUGCAUCAAAUGGUUGAACGACUUCUCGCAGUAUUACGGCAGCAAGCUGCAGGAUGAGCUGAACAAGCUCAAGAGAGCUCAUCCGGAAGCGAACAUCUACUAUGCUGAUUACCAUGGCGCCGGAAUGAGGUUGUUCUCCAAUCCAAAACAAUUCGGUAUUGCAGAACGAUUCGUUGCUUGCUGUGGAGGCAAUGGUCAUGGGUGCGAUGAGACUGGACCUGUUUGCAGCAAUCCAUCAACCUUUGCCUCUUGGGAAGGAUUCCACCCAACCGAGGCAUUUUAUCAUGCCGUUUCUGAUGGACUCAUCAGCGGGCCAUUUGCUAUUCCUUUGUUGAAGCAAACCUGCUCAAAGCAUGCUCAAAAGAGAGCUUACACGUUGCAUUAUUAGCCAUGACACAUGAUAAGUAGACCAAAAGAUGCAAA